AACAUAAAGAAAAGCUCAAGCUUAUCCUCAAUUCUAUCCUAUCUCCGCUAAGUCCUCUUUAGGUCACAAAUUCAGUCGCGCAGUAUUUUUUGCAGAGAAAUGAGGAUACUGAUUGUGGGUGGCGAUCCCAUCAACUCGAGGAUAUGUGAAAAUCUUGCAAAUGACUGGCCAUCAGUGGAUGAAGAGGAACUCCAAUCGACACUUGCUAAGAUUCAUUCCGGCAUUGUACCAGGAGCGAUUGAACUGGCAUACAUUUAUUCUUUAUUGGCUAUUUGUGCAAUCGCUUUGCCAUCAUCGCGUAUAUACAAGGCAAAAGGGCAAAUUUUAGAAAAGGAAAAUGUUUUAAUUUUUAUGCAAGAAGUUAUUAUGCUCAUGAGGCAUGCCACAAAUCAUACAAAGUACUUCGAAAUUAAUAAUACAAACAUUUUGCUUGAAUGUAGGGUUUAUAAUGCUUUAGCAUGGGUUUCCAUGUAUUCUCAACAUCCAAAGGAAGCGCAAUAUUAUAGUGAACAGACAAUCUUUCGGCUCGUUUGGCAAAUCUUAUUGAUGACUUCUCAGAUGACGAUAAACUUUAUAGCAAAGAAUUAAUUCAUAAACGCAAUUUUUCUCGAACCUUUAUUUUCGAAAUCUUUUGUCAAGCCCAAUGGAUCAGUGUUAGUACAGGUACUCAAACGUCUAUGCCUCGUCUGCCUGAUGA